CUUCACUGUCUCUCUCAAUACAUACAUAAGAGACCGCGCGCAGGGGGGUCUUCUCACUAUGCGGAAGAUGCGAUCCGUCCGCCUUUGAAAUGGUCCCAGAGACGUGCAGCGAUUGGCUCUCCCUCCACUUCAAAAGAAGGACACGGUGUUUGAAAGCCUUUGGUUAUCAGAAGGAGCGCAGCCAAGAAAGUUUGUGCGAGUACAAAGCGCCAAGGCAUGCGAAAUAGGGAGACGACAGGCACUGACCUCCGGAUUUAAGAAGCGUACAAUUUAACCGGAUUACCGCUGUAUUCUUCACCUUCUUAUCGUAUCUCUCUGUGAAAACUGCGUGUUUCUGUGGCAGGCCUUUCGCGGACCCAAUGACUUGAUCAUUCGGUCGUUUUCUGUCGCGGUAGAGCUUGCGUUCAGUGUUGCAGGUGAGAGUAGAAAGAACGCACUAAGGCACGCGCAUGGCUGCACUGACGUUGCCCAGGACGGAUCAUUUUCUGCACGCCUUCUUACAGGACCGGACGCCCAGCUCGUCUCCGGACAGCGGCUCGCACCCUCUCUCAUUUCUGGCCGCUUCGGCGUGCGGGCAGCCCCGGCAGGCGGGCGGCGUGGGGGGGUCGGAGGGGGCCCCGCUGCCGUAUGAGGGGGCGGUGGGCUCGGCCCCGGGCAUGUUCCCGCUGUGGGGCGGCGAGGUGACGGCGGCCGGCGGCUCCGGGCUGGGUGCCCACCAGAUGGCGCUGGCGGCGCCCAAGGUCCAGUUCCCGCCGGGUCACCCGCAGGCCGGCCCGGGCGGCCACUCGCACCACCACCACCACCACCAUCACCACCACCACCACGAGCUGCCCCUCACGCCCCCCGCCGAGCCCCCGGCCCCCUACUCCUUCGAGCUCUCCCCCGUCAAGGUGCUCUCCUCCCAGGUGCAGGCGGGGGGGUCCUACUACCACCCCCAGCACGGCGGGAUGGGCCAGAACUUCCCCAGCUUCCUCCAGAACUCCUCCGCCCGCCACCACCACCCCAUGGAGGAGGGGCACCAGUGGUGGAGCCUCCCCCAGACCGGCGGGGGCGGGCCCGGCCACCCCUUCGCCCUGGGCCGGCAGCUGGUCCUGGGUCACCAGCCGCAGAUCGCCGCCCUCCUCCAGGGCUCGUCCAAGGGCCUGCUGAGCUCCACCCGCCGGUGCCGGAGGUGCCGCUGCCCCAACUGCCAGGCCUCCUCCUCCGCGGGCGGCGGCGGGGGAGCAGCCCAGCUCCCCGAGGAGCCCGGCAAGAAGCGGCUGCACAUCUGCCACGUGCCCGAGUGCGGCAAGGUGUACAAGAAGACGUCGCACCUGAAGGCGCACCUGCGCUGGCACGCGGGCGAGCGGCCCUUCGUCUGCAACUGGCUCUUCUGCGGCAAGAGCUUCACGCGCUCCGACGAGCUGCAGCGCCACCUGCGCACGCACACGGGCGAGAAGCGCUUCGGCUGCCAGCAGUGCGGCAAGAGGUUCAUGAGGAGCGACCACCUGGCCAAGCACGUCAAGACCCACCAGGGCAAGAAGGGCAGGGGGGGCCAGGGGCACGGGCCCACCGACUCCCUGCUGAGGAACAUCAAGAAGGAGUAGAGGGGCCUGUUUCAGGGUGCUAUAGAGGAGACACCCACCCCCCCCAAGAUUACAUUCCUGUUUCGCUUUAACGAUACCCUACUUCUCAAAUUCCGCUCCAGUCUUUGCCUUCAUAGGGUACCUAGGUCUGUUCUCUGAAGAAUACCAGGGACUUACACUGUUCAUCACCGAAAUGACCAGUCUUUACUGUAGGCGGGGCCAGUGUGGGUGCAGGCUGCUGUUCUCACCCAGAACUGCAACACCUGAUUCAUCAAGAUCUUAACUUGCUGAAUAAGGUGUUUAGUGCUGGGCUAGAAUAAAAGCUUGUGCCCAACAACAGCCCUUUGUGGAUAAGACUGGAUGCACGAAUCCUCAAUGUUUGUAUGUUUGCUUACAAUACGUCACCAUCCACAGUGGUUACACAGUCGACAUUUUAUAUUCGCGCUACAAAUUUAGUUGUCCGUUGAAGUACUUCAGGUUAAGUUUAUUGCUCAAGCCUGCAGCUGCAAACCUACUCUGUAAGGUAUGCAGAAAGGCACGUCGGCAUCUACGUGUCAACACAUUGAGGUCUGUUGACUUUUGCAUGCUGGGCACAUCCAGCAACACGGCAGAAGCUUCACGGCCUUUCCAGCUUCUCGGAUAUACACGUGAAUAGAAGUGACUGGGGUUCCACCGAAACGCCAUUUUUCGGAGAACGGCGCUCGGCACCCUGCGGACGCUCUUCAGACUGGGUACUCCCUUUCCACGUCAGCGCGAGGUUUCCCGACUUGCGAACGAUGACAAUCAGCGCUCACCGGAGGACCGGCGGGGUCACAUCCAAACCGCCGGCGCGAAGGACAAUCUGGAGCAAGGAAAGCUUUCACAGCCCAAGACUGCGCUCAUUAGCUGGAGAACGCCGAGUGGGUGACAGCUAGCCGUACGUGGCUAGCACGCGGCCGUUCCCUGCAUAGCGUGAAUGAUGGGGACGAGGGAGCAGGACUGCGUGGCUUCCUGCAGGAGUACACUUCCUGUGAAACGUCUCCCCGCGGCUGUCCGAUUCAGCGACCUGACCUGUUAGACUACUUCACUAUGGUCUGUGGGCAACUAUAUAGAUCUUACAGGGGUUUGAUGUGGUCCUCAGAUCCCAGCCAACGUGCGUGUGUGUGUGUGGGUGUGUGUGUGUGUGUGUAUGCGCGCACACAUAUGUCUCCUUUUUAUUACUGUGAUUUUUUUUUUAUUACUGUAAAUAUCUAUUUCACUGAAGUAAUUACUAAGUCAGUAUAUUUAAUAGAGACUGUAGAAUGACCAAGAUAGCUGUAUUUCAGAAACCAAAUAUAUUGUUUUAUAUUUGAGUAUAGCUUCUCCUUUUAGUUAUUUAUAAAGUUCCACAGGUAACCCUCUGGAACACUUUGUAUUGCUUCCAUAUAACAAGUUAAACAUUCACCGUAUAUUUUGAUUCACCCUGCAGAAAUUAAUUAAGGUACAGUUUAUACAUAUCCAUGGUAAAUUAUUCUGAAUAUUUUCUCUGUGUAUGUAUAUUUUGGGAAAGAGCUCUUUUUGUGUUAGGAAAAAAAAGUGUGUUCAUCAUUACUGUAAUAAACCACAUUAAAAUGUAUUUCCCAAUAUGGCUUCAGUUGACAUUAUAGACAACAGACUGGCAAAUCUUUAGUGUCAUUUAUACACUUUUUGAAACUAUUUUUUGGGGUGCCCUCAAUUAUUACCAUUAUUCUCCUCCUCAAAAUCACUCUCCUUGUUCUGAAAAGAACAAGGUAUGUCACCAUUCUGAAUUUAACCCUGUAUAUAUAAAAUAUUGAUGUACUUAAAUGUACAUAAGUAUGUUGACCCUAUGUAAAGUGAAACGGCAUGUAAAAAAUGUUAUUUUAAAUCAAAUAAAGAUAACAAAUGAAAUCAUGUCGUAAUUAAAGUUUCUAAAAAAUAAAACAUUUCUUUUUCAGUUUCAACCCAGACAAGCAACCAGGGUGGAAUUUUGACCACUGCGAACUUACACCAGCAAUGAUUUGUUUGACAGACACGGUAGUGUUACAUAUGUUUUUGUAAUUUUCGGGGGCUAAAUCCUAGCACGUGACUGUGAAAAUAUUUGUGACAAACACGUGAUGGUUGGUCCCACUGUAUCAAUAUAUAUAUUUCUCUGUCUACAAUUAUGGUAAAAACCGAUUUUUUUAAAAAACGAGCAAAACCAGACCAGACUUCGGAUAUUUUUAGACAUAAUAUUUUGCAUUAUAACAAUUAAUGGACACUGUCCUGCAGAUUUGUGCAUUCAAAUGACACUAAAAUGAAUGCCUUGGUUCCAAAUGUGAAUUAGAAUUACAAUGCUUUACUUCAAAACGCUGAAGUCGCUGCUGUUUAACAUGAAUGUUAAUUUAAAUAUUCAUUGUUUUGUCACGUUACAUAUAAAAGCCACUGCCAAAUAUAGAAAGUGAGUGCCAGGCAACGUUAACGGAAACAACUGAAUAACAAAGCGUCCAGACAUUUAACAAGUUUGACUGAAUGGCAAGGUUAUCAAAGUUCUUUUGUCUUUUGCCUCCAAGUUCGCAGUUGCGUGUGUGUCUGUAGACUUUUAAUUAGUUUUCUUUUUUCUUUCUCUCAGUGGGAACGAUUGUGUCAAUAGUACGCCAGACAGCACUGGACAGGAAUGGGGCCCCCCGCUGCGGCGAUGACCCACCUCGGUGGAUGGGAGCUCCCUUUGAUUUUUGCCGUCUUGUGAAACUUAAUAGCCUGAGACCGAUUUCUACAGCCCCCACAUGUUCACACAUCCAAAUCGCAAUCACCAGGGUGUUAACUAACAAUUCCCUGCACUCUGUAUUUAAAAAAAAAGUUUUCCUUACUUUUUUUUAGGGCAGCCGGGGAGUUUUGGUAGCUGGAGUAAGGUCUCGGGUGUCAACGGUGACCGACGUACACGUGAGAUUCGCAUAAUCUCACGCAUUGCGCACGUGAAUUCGAUACGACUGCUGACGAAUCGAAGUUGAAUACGAACACCUGGUCACCAGACUAGCUUAGUUAAGGCAUUUUUAAAAAUGUCACAAAAAAACAGGAAUGCAUAUCAUAUUAGUGUGUUUACAAUCCAUUAGGUCUUUAAAAUCUAAAAAUGAAAUAUACAGAGCGUCUGCCAAUUGCCAAAAAGUCUAAUUUGCAACAUCAGAUAUCUCUUAACUGAAGUGUAAAAAAUAAAACGCCUUUUCCACCGUGUCAUCUUUUUUGCAAACUAGUCUAAUUUGUCUUGAUAACUUUAAUGACAUAUUUUCUGCCCGUACUAAACACGUUUUAGUCUCCUGCAAGUUUUACAAUUACAAAUACCGGCAUUGUCAGAAUCGAUUGUUCUUAAACCAAAUUUCAGAAAAGGUUAUGGCUACAUGUUUAUAAUGGCAAAAUCUCCAUCCUUGCGGGAGAUUAUUUAGGGAAGGGUGUAAAGGGAAUGUUGGCUUUUAUGUUUGAUAUUCUACAUGGUUGUGUUUAUGAUUCAUAACAUUCUACAGGGUUGUGCACCAAAAAUAUGUUAGCCAACAUUUUAUAUAAAUGAACCCCAUGAGACAUACAGACAGGCAAACAGAUCCCCGGUAGAGGUGAUCACUUCCAUUCCACUUUAUGUCAGUAUUUGGGCUGAUUUUAAAGAAAGAAAA